AGACUGAGAGACGCCUUCAUCCGUUUUCUCUCUGAUCCUGCAAAACCAAUAAAAGAACGCAGAGAAAAACGAGAAUCUCAAAUUUAAUUUGUUUCUCUGUUUAUUUAUUUCCCCCCAGAAAGGUUUCAAUGUCCGCUUCAUCAGUUCGCAAUCAAAGAGACCUGAACGCUGGCACCCAAAAACCGGCGAAAUCCCUCACCCCAAUCUCGAAUCCCACCCUCAAAAAGUCAUCUUCCGGCAAAGAGAACUCCAGGCACACUGUUUCUUCACGGGCGGCGUUGUCAGCCCAGAAGCCUGUGAUCCGGCCUGUACCGCGAGUCGAGAAGCCGGCGGUGGUUGGAGGAGGUGGAGAUCGCGAAGCCAGGGUGCGGUGGUCGACGUCAUCAGCACCAAGAGGUAGGAGCCCUAGCCCAUCUGAGUUUAUUAGAGCUGUCUCAGUCUCAGAUUUGAGGAGAGAUAGGGUUUCUAGGGUUUCUGCAGAUAGGGACACCAAGGGAUCUAGGGAUUUGAAAGCGAAGAGAAGCGGAAGUGGGUUAAGGACUGUUAAAAAUUGCAAUGAAAGUUGUCAAUUUGGUGAGAAUUUGGUGUUGAAAGUGAAGGAAAGUGGGAAGAAAGCAGGAGGCGUCAGGGCUUUGAGUGGAAAAUAUGGAAAAGACGUUAACUUGAGCUCAGAUUUGGUGCAAUCAAGUGAGAUUAAUGGAGAUAAUUGUAGUUUUAAGGCUUGUACCGAAAAGAAUUGUUCAGAUUUUGGUUCAAAUGUUGAAGCUAGUGUUAAAGCUGGAAAGAAAUCCGAACUGAAAUCUGGUUCUGUUUUGAAAACUGAAAAUCGUUUUGCAAAGAUGGUAAAAGACAAGUCUUUGCGUAAGGGGAAGGCUUUGGAAGCUCCAAAAGAGAAAGGUGUAAGUGAAGAGAAAGGUCUGAGCUGCGGGGUUGGUGUCAAAUAUCCAAGCAAGCUUCAUGAAAGGCUUGCUUUUUUAGAGGGUAAGGUGAAGAGAAUUGCUUCUGAUAUUAAGAUGACUAAGGAGAUGCUGGACUUGAAUAACCCAGAUGAGUCAAAGGUGAUACUUUCGGAUAUCCAGGACAAGAUUUCUGGUAUAGAGAAGGCUAUGAAUCAUGUUGCUGGUGAUUCAGAUGGCAAGGCUGGUGUCUUGAAAAGUUCUAAAAUUGAUAAAAUAGAUGCGAAAAUUGUUGAGAAGAGUCAGGGUAAGCAAGGGGGAAAAGUCAAUGUUUCAGUUAAAGGAUUAAAUAGUGGAGAAUUGGAAGAUAGAUUAUUUCCUCAUCAUAAAUUGCUUAGAAACCGGGCAUCAUUGAAGGCAUCAUCAGGCAGCAAUCGGAAGCAGGAAACCUCAAAUAGUGUAGAUCCUAGUAGUCAAUUGAAAAAAGAUCAGAAGUCCUUGGGCUCUAUGGAGGAUAACCCAAUAGCUAUAGAGUUCUUGGCUUCGCUUGAUAGGGAGCAAAAUAAAGUUAACACCAGGAAGGGGCCAGCUGGUUUGGAACACGGUGAGAUUCAAGAGAUGGAUGGUGCCCAUGCUUCACAUUUAAAAGAUUCUUCAACCAUGUUUGAUGCUAAGAGUGAUGCUGAGCUUGUUCUCAUGACUGAUGAAAGACUUGAGGACUUUGAUGAUCAGGAGAAUGGACAGUCCAGUAUGACUGAUGACGAGGUUGAAGAUAUUAACGGUCAUCAGCUUAAUAAGAUAGGCUGCAAGGCUACAACCGCUGGAUGGUUUGUGUCAGAGGGGGAGGCAGUUCUUGCUCAUGAUGAUGGCUCUUGUUCUUUCUAUGACAUUGUUAACUCUGAGGAGAAGGCCGUUUACAAGCCUCCAGCAGGAGUUUCACCUAAUAUGUGGAGAGAUUGCUGGAUUAUCCGUGCUCCUAGUGCUGAUGGCUGCUCUGGCAGAUAUGUUGUGGCUGCAUCUGCUGGAAAUUCACUGGAAUCAGGGUUUUGCUCAUGGGAUUUCUACACUAAAGAUGUUCGAGCUUUUCAUGUUGAGGCUGCGGGGACAACAACUUCAAGAACCGUGCUUGGUCCCUUAUCAAAUAACCCUGUGACUAGAGGAAAUAGUUUGUGUAAUACAUUGGUACCUCAAAAUCGGCAAUGGUGGUAUAAGCCUUGUGGCCCUCUUAUCAUGUCAACUGCCAGCUCUCAGAAGGUUGUCAAAGUUUAUGAUAUCCGUGAUGGAGAACAAAUAAUGAGGUGGGAGGUACAGAAGCCUGUAAUACCAAUGGAUUAUUCAAGUCCAUUGCAGUGGAGAAAUAGAGGGAAGAUAGUUGUGGCUGAAGCAGAAACAAUUUCUUUGUGGGACGUAAACUCUCUACAUCCUCAAGCAUUACAAUCUGUGUCUUCAUCUGGUCAAAAAAUCACUGCUCUUCAUGUGAAUAACACUGAUGCUGAACUAGUUGGAGGGGUUCGACAAAGAGUAAGUUCCUCUGAAGUUGAAGGAAAUGAUGGUGUAUUCUGCACCCCUGAUUCUAUUAAUAUUUUGGACCUUCGACACCCAUCUGGUAUAGGUGCAAAAAUACCAAAGACUUGUAGUAAUGUGCAUUCGGUCUUCUCUCGUGGGGAUUCAGUCUUUCUUGGCUGCACAAAUGUGAAAUCAGCUGGUCUGAAGCAGCCCUGUUCUCAGGUGCAACAGUUCUCAUUGCGUAGAGGAAGGCUGUAUGCCGCUUAUUCUUUGCCUGAAUCCAAUGCUCACUUGCAUCAUUCAGCCAUCAAACAAGUUUGGGGAAGUUCAAACCAUGUCAUGGGUGUUUGUGGACUAGGGCUAUUUGCAUUUGAUGCCUCGAUGGAUGAUAACCCCCUGCCUUCACCAGGUGAUUAUGGUGCCACUCCCAGAGAAACCAUUGGCACAGAUGACCUUUAUUCUCCUACUUUUGAUUAUCUGUCAUCUAGAGUUCUCCUGAUAUCAAGAGAUCGUCCGGCAUUAUGGAAGCACAUAGUUUGGUAGGAGCCAUUCUGAAAGUAGCUAGUGUAAUUAACCACAAGACUGUAGCUUUUUGCUACCUCCUAUGUAUGACAUUGAAAUAAUAUUUAUAUCUAUCA